AUGAAACACCUAGGAGUCAAAGACCCUGAGUUGGAGAAGAUUGCAAGGGCUGGUCCGACAUCGAAACGCAAACAGUUCAGGAACAUUUGUCGCAAUUUUCAUGCCAACCUGCUUAGAGAUGGUCGGCAGCUGAAGGUCACUGUGUCUAUGAUCAAGGUUCGAGUGAAGGUUCACCGCCCAAAAGUUCGUACGAUUGAAGCUGAGUACCCUUACAUCUCCCUGCGGUCCUGGAGUACGUUUUUGCUUCAGCAUCACCCGGCACACCUGCUGGGGGGGUUUGACUUCGAAGAUUUCGAUGGAUAUACCUCAAUGUUCGACAGGUUUUGGACCCGGUAUCGGCAAUUGGACCCUACUCACGAGGCCUUCACCCAGUUCACGGAUUCUGGUCAUGUGAUACCCUACAUGGUACACGGUGAUGAGGGCCGAGGCAAAAACAAGAGCCCGAUAUUGAUUUGCAACUAUCAACCAUGCAUCGGUGUACAAGGGGAGGAGUUCACCAACAUGAAAGGGCAUUCCUUUUCAACGCGCUUCCUGUCAUUCAUGAUGCCUUCCAAGCACUUUGCAGAGGAUGACAAAACCCUGGACGACUAUACCGCAUACAUCGUGGCAGAUCUGAGUAGCCUUUUUUAUGACGGCAACUGGUGGCAUGUGGGCUCCAACGGCUGCUUGCACGGAUGGCAGCCUGGCAGAGCCAGUCCGCCUUGGAAAGCAAAGAGAUCUUUGUUCAUGAAGGUGCCGGGUGCUUCUUCAGAAGCACGAAUCAGGACUGACCUUGCACAUACUUGGCCAAUAGGUGUGGCAAAGAGUUCGCAGCCAGUCCUUGUUGUCAAUCUGCGAUUUGAAGCUAUGUCUGGUCGGGCGCUUGAUGCACAGCUUGAGAACCUUUAUGCUGAUUUCAGAGAGAGGCGGCAGUAUCCUGUUCUUUCCGGAAUGGGACACGACUGCAUCAUUGUGCAGAAGUGGCUGUCAGACUUUUUGUCAAGAACCAAUGUGGAAGAUGUCGUUCCGUGGCUGAGUUGUUUUGUUCAUGCAGCAGUGCACGUCUUCUUCCCGGUUAAGAGCAUGCGUGAGCUAGGCUGUGGGAGACCGCAACAUGUACGAGAUCUUGCGCUACACCUGCGACUGCUGCAAUGCAUUCUUCAGGAGGCUGUAUGA